AUGCAAGAGAGCAAAUGGUCGCCAUCUCAGGAAUCAGUUCCCAGCUAUGCCAGUUACCCACCUUCGUUGUAUCGUGACGUUCCACCUCCACACCCCAAUGUAUCAAUGGCAUCAACAGAAGCAACCCCUGGUGGCGAUGUAUCCAUUCCAGGACUAAUGUCGUUGACUCAACCUGAAACACCUCGACCUGAUGCUGCUACUACUGCUACUACUACGACAUCCCUUCCACCGACACCGAUUGCUAGUAGCAGUAGUAGUCGAUCACCCAGCAAUAGUACGAGUAGUGGUGAAGGAGGAGCAGGAGCACGACCCAAUCUUCCUACUCGACCAGCGAGUUUCACGAGCAUGACAAGUUUCCCUUCUCAUCCAUAUCAUCAAUUCGCCGGGCCAAUCAGAAAACGAAGAGCCGAAUCGAUCUUUUCAUUUGAGAUGGGUCCCUCGUUUUCAUCCACCGAGCAACUCCAUGACCUAGUCAGCUUGGACCAAACCAAUGGGUUUCAGGUACAACUGCAUGCAAAAAUGGACCGGGGUUUUUUCCGAGCGGAUCAAGAUUGGGCAUGUUAUCGUCGCAACUAUUUCCAAGUGAGCAGCACAUUCGAUGUCCAUGGUGUCAAUUAUCUUUUACAAGGUCCUGAAGUCCCUUGUCUCUUACGUCAAAACGAUCAAUUGCAUCAAGUGGAAUUCUUUUCAAUUGGGGCAAGCGCAUGUGUCUCUGGCAAACCCGACAAAAAGAUUGAAUUGGUGAUGAUGACCCCUAAACGUGAUAAAGGUCCACAAAUGAUGCCACGCCCACAACCUGUACGUGCAGGAGGCAAUCUACAUUUAGCAUCGGUGGGAUCCAGUCAUCAUAUUGUCACUUUUGAACGUAUGCAAUUCAAGACAGCCACAGCGAAUAAUGGCAAACGACGUGCUGCUCAACAAUACUAUGAGAUCAUUAUUGACUUGUUUGCCAACACAACCCAAGGACAACAAAUUCGCGUGGCAACAUGUCAUUCAGCUCCAUUGGUUGUACGGGGUCGUAGUCCUGGUCACUAUGCGGAUUCCCAUACUCGAUAUCGACAUAAUAGUAUGGCUUCUUCUACAGGUGGUGAUGUUGCUGCUGCUGCCGCUGCCGCUGCUGCCUCUGCAUCUGGAUUACCAUCGCAUCAAGAUCAACAUACUGCUGUCAUGGUGGGUAGUAACAAUGAUCAUCGUUUACCACCACCUCCACCUCCUCCACAAGCAAAUCGUUAUAUGAGUUUACCUACAUCACCCGUCAGUGAUCUUGGACCUUAUUCUCCUUAUUAUGGCUAUCCUCCUCCACUCGCUGCAGGUUAUCCACCACCAUCUUCACCUUCACACAACAGCAAUAAUUACACAAUUCCUUCACAACAACAAGCACAAGUUGCCACGACGCCAUCUUCCUCACAUCCUCAUCAUCAUCAUCCUGAUUACUUCCAUCAACCACCAUCACAACAACAACAACAUCCAGAGUAUUAUACUUACAAGGAUUUUUCACAACAACAACAACAACAACAACAUCCACAACUUGGUUAUCAUCCACCCACAGGCGUAGCUCCUCCACCACCACCACCUCCUUCUUUACAGCAACACCAACCAUCAGGAAAUCCUUAUCAAAGCUAUACACCCUAUCCUCAUUCUGCUCCUCUUGCACCUCCACAAACAACAGCUAUUCACAAUCAUCCUCACCCAUAA